ACUCCCAUUGGGUGUGGGUUUCUAGAGAAGCUAAUCAGCGUGGCCGUGGUUCCCGGUUAUUAAGUGACCGCAGAGCUACCCGGACUCAGCGUCGCCUCAGACUCCGAGGAUGAGGGUCACGGCGCCCCGAACCCUCCUCCUGCUGCUGUCGGCGGCCCUGGCCCUGACGGGGACUCGGGCGGGCUCCCACUCCCUGCGGUAUUUCUACACCUCCGUGUCCCGGCCCGGCCGCGGGAAGCCCCGGUUCAUCGCUGUCGGCUACGUGGACCACACACAGUUCGUGCGGUUCGACAGCGAAGCGGAGAAUCCGAGGAUGGAGCCGCGGGCGCCGUGGAUGGAGCGGGAGGGGCCGGAGUAUUGGGAGCAGGAGACGCGGAAGGUCAAGGACCACGCAGAGAUUGACCGAGUGGACCUGGAGACCCUGCGCGGCUACUACAACCAGAGCGAGGGCGGGUCUCACACCAUCCAGUGGAUGUACGGCUGCGACGUGGGGCCGGACGGGAACCUCCUCCGCGGGUAUGAGCAGUUCGCCUACGACGGCGCCGACUACAUCGCCCUGAACGAGGACCUGCGCUCCUGGACCGCGGCGGACACGGCGGCUCAGAUCACCCAGCGCAAGUGGGAGGCGGCCGGUGCGGCGGAGGGAUACAGGGCCUACCUGGAGGGCAGGUGCGUGGAGUGGCUCCGCAGAUACCUGGACAACGGGAAUGACACGCUGCAGCGCGCGGAUCCCCCAAAGACUCGUGUGACCCACCACCCUACCUCCGACGGUGAGGCCACCCUGAGGUGCUGGGCCCUGGGCUUCUACCCUGUGGAGAUCACACUGACCUGGCAGCGGAAUGGGGAGGACCAGACCCAGGACACGGAGCUGAUAGAGACCAGGCCUGCAGGGGAUGGAACCUUCCAGAAGUGGGCAGCUGUGGUGGUGCCUUCUGGAGAAGAGCAGAGAUACAUGUGCCAUGUGCAGCAUGAGGGGCUGCGGGAGCCCCUCACCCUGAGAUGGGAGCCCUCUUCCCAGUCCAGCAUCCUCAUGGUGGGCAUUGUUGCUGGCCUGGUUCUCCUUGGAAUUGUGCUCACUGGAGCUGUGGUUGUGAUGUGGAGGAAGAACAGCUCAGGUGGAAAAGGAGGGAGCUACACUCAGGCUGCAAUUAGUGACAGUGCCCAGGUAUCGGAUGUGUCUCUCACAGCUUGUAAAGUCUGAGAUAGCUUCCUUUUGUGGGACUAAGUGUUUGAGCCUCCCAUUUGUGAAUUCAAGAUAAUUGUGGUAUAUGUACACCAUGGAAUAUUAUGCAGCCAUAAAGAAAGAAGGAGACUUUACCUCUUUCAUGUUGACAUGGAUGGAGCUGGAACAUAUUCUUCUUAGUAAAGUAUCUCAAGAAUGGAAGAAAAAGUACCCAAAGUACUCAGCCCUACUAUGAAACUAAUUCAGGGCUUUCACAUGAAAGCUAUGACCCAGUUACAACCUAAGAAUAAGGGGAAGGGGGAAAGGGAGGGGAGGGAGGGGGGAGGUGGGUGGAGGGAAGGAGAUUGGUGGGAUUACACCUGCUGGGCAUCUUACAAGGGUAUAUGUGAAACUUGGUAGAUGUGGAAUGUAGAUGUCUUGACACAAUAACUGGGAGAAUGCCAGGAAGGCUGUGUUGACCAGUGGGAUGAAAAUGUGUCAAACGAUCUAUGAAACUAGUGUAUGAUGCCCCAUAAUCAUAUCAAUGUACACAGCUAUGAUUUAAUUAAAAAAAAAAACCCCUCUGACUUCUUCUGCAAAUGCUUCUGAAUGAUUCUGCAUCCCUGUUUGCCCCUACCCCUCGGUUCCUGGUAACCCUUUCUCCCACACUCACCUGUGUCCCUUCCUGAUUAUUUUUCCUGUUGCAGAGAGGUGGGGGUGGGAGGGCUCCAUCCCUGUCUCAACUUCAUGGUGUACUGAGUUGCUUCUCUACUGAAAAUAAUAAUUUGAAUAUAAAUUCAUUUCUCAAAUUCUUCCUAUGAGAGAGGGAAGAGGGGAAAUAAAAGGAAGACCUGAGAACCUUCCAGAAUCUG